ACGUCGUCAUCAACCUCCUCUCUGUCUGGCCCACCCUCAUCAGAUUCUAACAUUAUGGGUUCCUCAUUUUCUUCAUUCCCUUAAUCUUCUCUUUCUGUUAUAAAAUCCCCAGUCUUUUUAGAAACAAGUGGCCGCCCUCUCUCUUCCUCUCUCAGGCAAAACCAAAUCUGGCUAGCUAGCUUAUCUCUUUUUUAUUUUAAUUUCUUUUGCUUAAUUUUGUUAGAUUGAUAUCAUGGAUAUGUCGACUUUUGGUUCAUCGUCUAUGAUCAGAGCUGUUCCUUCCAAAGAAACAGCAGCAACAUACUCCUGCACUGAGGAGGAAGAGAGUGGUUGGACUAAGUACUUUGAAGACUUCUCAAACAAUACUAGAGCUGAUCAAGGACAGACUAGUUUCUGCUCUUCUUUGGUUUCUGAUGCCUCUUCUGGUGCUGCAUGGAGAGUUUCGCAUAACAACAGUGUGCCGAAAAAAUUGAAGAAAAAACCCAAGAAGAUUGGGGAUUAUGAUUUGGAGGAUACUGCUAGUUCUCCUGUUAAUAGUCCCAAGAUUGGUGAUUUGAGACCAGUUGAUCAUAUGAAUCCCAGAAAGAUAGAUGAUCAUCGUAUCAAUAUUAAUUCUUUGGGUAAAGAGCAUUUUGCAGAAAUGAAGCAGGCAGAUGAAAACAGUAGUGAUUGUUCUGGGAAAAAUGAUCAAAAUACAGACCUAAAGAAAAAAGGGUUGUGUUUGGUUCCUCUAAAUCUGUUAAUGAAUUAUCUUGUUUAAUUUAGUUUUGUCAAUGAACUCGAUUGUAUCCAAACUCUUAUGAGUUACUUUAUAAAUUACUAAAGGAAAAUUCUGUGGAUAUAUAUAAAUGUUGUAUAUUUCUUGUAAGCUAUAUAUAUAUAUAUAUAUAAAUAGUUUUCUUUGGUUUCUGA